AAACAACAGGAAGACUUUCGGCGAACGUUCUGACAGUUCAUUCAUCCUUGCUGUUUAUAAUACGUACAGCACACGUACGGUCGCGGAGAGCCGAAGAGAUUUCCGGAGAGUCAUCCUUUUGUGCAAGCAAGUGUCGGAGAUAGCAAAGGUAGCUAUCUGCGCUGCUCGAGAGCGAAAUACAAGUGAAAAAUUUUGCAAAACAUUAUCCUUCGCCGAACGACCAACCACUGAUGAUCGAAGUGUGCCGUUGUCAGGAAGGGACUGUUUUUCUCGGUUCGGAACUGGAAAAGGAAGUUACUUUUUUCCCUUUCCGGGGGCUUGCGGGUGGUGUAAUUUUUAGUGAAAAGUGACUGGAAAACUUCCUUUUUGCAAGAUUCUAUUAGAUUUUGUUUUUGAGCUAUCGAUAAAUCUUGUUUAAAAGUGUAACGUGAAGAGUGCUUGUGUGAAAAAUGUCUGCUGCCAGCGAGCAGAACUGUGAUGCGCAUCUACAGGGUGAAAUCGAGUUGCUGAAGAACGCCCUGGCCGACAAGCAUUCACAGCUGCUGGCCAUGGAGAACGUCUGCCUGCAGGAAAGUGACCGACAGGUCGAACUCGAGGACAGCAUCAUUGCGUGGCAGGAUAAGUACGAGCGGUUGUACGAAUCACACAAGCGAGUUCAGAAAGUCAACCAGAAUCUGGAGGACAAGUUGCUGAAGCUGGUGGACCGGAAUUCGGGCGAACGGGCACAGCUGACUAGUGAUGUGGCCACGCUCAGUGUCCGGCUGGCCCAGGCCAACUAUAACAUCCAGAGUCUGAAGCGGGAAAUCGAACGCUACAAAACAGACAUGAGCGUUGCCAUCCAGCUGCUGCAGUGCAAACCGGACAGCUUCGUUUCGCCGAAGCUUUCGUCGCUUCCAAUCGAAAUUCAAUCGAAGGUCGCCACGUACAUGCGACUCGAUACCAACUCCCACUCGGAUUCGGAGGGUAGCACCAGUGGGGUGGGGGUGGCCACCGCCAACUCCUACCAUGUGCUGCCGGCGUCCGACAGCCCACCGCCAAUGUGUCCCUUCCCACCAACUGCCAUGGUCUAUUCAAUGCGCGGACUCGAUGCCAACCAGUCGCCGACUAAGGAUGGUGGAGGUGUUGGAGGAGGAGGAGGAGGAGGACUACCAGGACUUGUUGGAAAACUUCAAUCGCAGCAGGACACCCUGUCGCUGGGUAAUAUAAACAGCAGCGACAGCUUGCUCGGUUCCGGUAGAGGCACUCGCGGCGAUCACAAUGUCGUGUCUCCCUCGGUGAUGGCAAAGUUUCUCGAAGAUGAACUGAAAUCCAGUGAAGCUUUGCUAAACUCCCCGGUGAAACACUGCGACACAUGCAUCUGUACCAGGAGUACGUCCUUGACCAGUGGUGCGCUGAUUCUGGCCGAUCUGCUCGGGGAUGGACAAAAGUACUAUAGUGUUGGUACACAGACCGUCAUCAAAGGGGAGACUCAUAAUUCGCUUUGCUUAAGGUGCAACAAUAAUCUCAACUCGCCGUCCCAUAACAAUAGUCCGUACAUUAUGAAGCUUAUCAAGUCCAGCGACAGUGUCAUAUCGGAAACUAAAAGUAGCGUUUCGGAUUUCCUCACGACACCGGAUAAAACAUCGCCCAACGGGUGCAGCAGUGGACCAGUGCCCCUUCAGCCCACCAAAAAAGACGAUUUGAUGGUUAAUCCGAUUCUUGGUCACCAUCGGUUAAGCGAUAGAACUAAUGCCUAUAACAGCACGUCACCAAACUCGGAUCCACCGGCCUCAUCCUCCGUCCUAGGGUUGGCAAAGAGCAAUACCAUGUCCACCGGGAGUAGCACCGGAAAGCACCCGCUCGGCGGCCAGGGUAAGAAACAGUUGGACGUGUCGAAAAGUAAGAUUCAAAAUUCGGUGGCCUCUGCGGCGAUUGGAAACAAGUACGCUAGCGAUUCGCCAUCGUAUAUCAUCAAGGAUACGGAUCAGAUGAGUGGAAGCCACACUUUGCAAACACCGAAGUCUGGUGCUGGCGGAGCGGAAACCACCAACGGACUGAGUAAAAUUGCGGGCGGUGGGAGAGGUAGUGGCUUGUACCAUGCUGUUGGUAGCACCAAUAGCUUGUGGAGCAGAACAAGCAGCCGGGAGCGGGAUGGUGCGAAGAUUUUCGAGAAUUUCAAUAGGAAUCUCAUUAAGACUAUCAAGGCCGAAAAUCCCAAAAUGUCCGGUCCCCGAAUCUGCGCCUUGCGAAUCCAAAACGGUUCGAGCAACAUACUGCUGGACAGUCUGCAGGACGAUGUUUCCGAGGCUGAACAUCCACUUGAAAUCAAACCUUCUCCGGCUCCGGUUAUCUACACCAGAAGGGCUAAAUUUCUCGAUGAAGAAUUGCUGCUGGAUGAUGAUCCUUCAAUUGGGUUGAAUGGUGCGAUCAAAACCACAAGUCUGCCAACGGCGAAUUCCGGUUCAACUAACGCUGUAGGAGACGGCAAGAUGGUGGUGGUGUCGACGAAUGGUGACGCAGAAGCAGGCAACCAUACGAGCAAAGGUACCGUACAUGAAACUGUUUCGAAAGAUGUGUGCAACAUGAGUACGACGACUUCCCCGCAUUCUUCGGACAGGCUUUGUACGAUUGGGGAAGAAGUGAACAACUUACUGUUGAAUACGAAGAUAAGCUCAAAUUCAGUUACUAACAAACCAAGGCUUGAUAUCAACGUGAACAAAUUAGACGGCAUCGAUAUCAAUUCGAAAAAGUCCUGCACACAGUCAAGUUCGAUUUCCAGCGAAAUUGAUAUUCAGGAAAGUGCGAUGCUCCGACGACAACAGCUCUCGAGAGUAGCGGAAUGGGUACAAAACAAUUCCAAAAUGAGUAAUCCGGAAAAUCAAAUCAAUACUGAAUCCGACAAUGAAAUCCUGGCACUCGCUUCGAACACUCCGCUUAUUACAGCUGAUAAUAUUAAUAAUAACGCCCCAAGCAGGGGAAUGAAAGUAGCAGAAUCGAAAGGCAUGUGUAGUAAGGAGUUAAACCUAGUAGCUAGUGAUAUGAAAAUUAGUCAUAGUAAUAGUAGCACUAAUAUGGCACAGAUAGUACCUAGCGGUAGUGUUCUUAGCAAUAUCAAUUCCUACAACAAUAAUCACAUCAUCGGCAACACUGUCACCGCCGGCAGCAACAAUACAUUUGCUCAAACUAACAAUACAGCCACCGCUAUCAGAGGUCAUAUCUACUCUAGUCAUAAGGACAGCAAUACCGCCAUCCAGGUGGACUACAAUAGCAACAGCCACAGCACGUUCCAAUCAAGCGGUAACAUGCUAGGCAGCAAGCUUUCACUACUCGAAUGCUCUAGGCAGCAGCAGGAAAAUCCGCAAUUACAGCAUCAGGACGCUUAUCCGGACGACAGCAGCAGCAGUGUCGAUUUGGCCCAGAUGGAAUACAACGUGAAACAGUUUCUACUGAAGCAAAACGAGUGGUCAUCACUCGCGAGAAGACUGUCUUCGUCGAACGCUUCGGGAACAAUCGAACAGCAAGCGGCACCAGUUGUCGAAGAACCGAUAAGGAAAGUGUUCGUAGGAAAUACGACAGGUACACAGGUGGUGCGAAGUCGGUCGGCAAAUGGAUGGACCAUUGACGGGGAAGGUGUAAAGGGAUGCUUUCCUGGUACUGCCGUGGCAGAGGCGCAGUUCCAUGCAAACAAGUAUCCGAUCAAUCCGCACCGGACCGAGACGAAUUUGUAAGAAAAGCAAAAUGCUAGGCGUAGUUUAGUGUAGAUAUGAAGGUGCUGUUCUGGCUGGUAAGAUGGAAGGGAAGUUGAGUACAAUGUGCUAACGUGUUUACGGUAAUUGUUCUAUGCAUAAGAAUAUUAUUCUGGAACAUCGUAUCAUUCCAUGCAACUGGAUUUGGAAUAGAAUAUAAUCAAUUGUUAGUCAUGAUUCUCAUUAAGAUUAACCGGGAUUUCCCAAUUCGUGGUCGUGAAGGAACUCGUUGGUCUACAUCCCACCGUACCGUUUUGGAUUUUAUUUCCAGCGAUCUCGCCUUAGAAAUCGUACCACAGAUUAUCCCAUUGCUACCGAAUCAAGGAUUUAAUAGUUUGAACGCGAUUAAGUACAUUUGUCUAGGGAAUCGCUAAUCAAAGAGUGCUAUGAUUUUACUGUUUCCAGUACGCGUGCAGCUUAGUGAGUCCGUAGGAAGCAAUAUCUUGCUGUAUGUUUCUAGAAGACCUAAGCUCUUCGCGAAGUAGAUUUUAUAGAACCUGACAACAACUUUUUCGAUGAAUUUCGAACCGUUCAUUAUGGUGUAGCGCAUCGCCAAAUUUUUGUCGUGUUUUCAACAUAGACAGCUAUAGCUGAUCACGAAGCUCACGAAGACCUUACAUUCCCCCAACUCUUCGGACACAAAAUUAUCACUGCUGCGCUGCAUUUUGUUUUGUUCCAUUUUCUUCUCAGCUUAUGACCUGAUGCUUUCAGAAAAGUAAUCCAGCCUUAAGGUUCCUAAAUUAGUGCCGAUAAACAUCUAUUCGCUAAAAACACCUAUUUACUACCCGGUCUAUGAUAUACACUCGUUACGUCGUAAAAUGGCAUAUAUAGGCUCCACACAAAAGGACCAUUCAUAAAUUAUGUAACGCAAAAAUUGCCUAAAAUAGACUCCCCCUCCCUCACAUAUUACAAAGUGUCACAAAUUUCUCUAUCCCUCCUUCCCAAUUACGUAACAAAUUCUUUCAUUUUUUUCUUUAGUAAAAACAUGUUACGUAACGUUCUAGCUUACUUACCCUACCCUAUAUGUCACAACAUGUCACAAUUUGUCGUACGCCCCCUCCCCCUCCUUAAAGUGUAACGUAAUUUAUUAAUGGUCCAUCAUGGUGAUUGUAAUGACUUCGUUUGCAUCCCCGCCGCUGGUCUGUCAGCAUCGCCAUUGACGCAUUUUGCGUUGCUACGAUUUUCCCACUUUUAUUAAUAUCCCGUUUGUAUGUAUGCGUUAACUCUCAAAUAGUCAAGCUAAAAUUGUGACUUCAAGAAGCAUCACUCUCAAAACCCAAUGAAAUCAGAAGCCUCUUUUUUGCAUUUUGCCAGUGAGGGAAUCGAAAGCUAGAAAAUGCUCGAUUAUUUGUAUUUCAAAUUACAAGUUCAUUGAAACUAGGGAACUGUAACUAGCCGGACCUCUGAAACCCCUUGUCUUUUUGAGGGUUAAAAACUAAGGCUCACUAAAAAAUACUAACAGGUAGCAUCAGAACUUGAACCGACAAACCGGUACUCGUCAAAAUGUAUAUUUACACCCUAAACCAUAACGGCGUAUGGCUACUAGUUGUUCGAAUGAGCUAUUUAAACUUCUCAUCGUUAUAGCAGCGAUCAAAAAUUGGACACCAUGGAUACGUUGGUAUGUGUUAUUCAUGUUUUUUUCUGUUCUGCGUAGCCAAUAAUGUGCAGCCAUGGAGUUCGAUACUGUUUAGCACGAUAAUGCGCUUAGUUGAACAAUAACGAUUCAUUUGGGAGCUUUUGUUCACAGCUCGAGAGAUAAAAACAAAUUUAUUUACGCUCCCGAUGAUUCGUUUUGAGUCUAGGGGUCCCCUAUCAAAAUUUCGGAAGAAAAGUCGUGUAGGCUUUGGGACGUUUGUAUUUUUUACUGUACUGCAUGGAAUUAUUCAAUGCUGUAUCAAAUGCUGGAAUAAGUAAAACAUGCCUUAACAUAAGCAUAAGUAUAAGAGAUCGCCCGCGGUAGCUAAUCGUUAUUGAUCAGAACAAAUGGAGUUUGAAAAAUGUUCAUUGGAACAACAUGCUUGGGAAUAACAUGAUGAACCACAUUGUACAAUCUAUGUUGAUGCCUGCAUGCUGAUCAAUACCGACACCGGCCACGUCCGAAUGCAGAUCCCCUGGGAAAAAAGAAAUGUUCGUCCGAUACAUGUCGCUGCUAGAGACCGAGGAAUCCUCUGCAUCUCCAGAUGUAUCACAGGAAGGGAGAGUUGUUAGUAAGUGUGCCAAUAGUUUGAUUGUGUAUUGUCUUCGAUUAAAAAUAUUACUUCGCGCAGGCUAAAAUACUAUAAUAUAACUAUAAACUAACUAUUUUUAAUUUGAAAAACUCUUUAAUUAAACUAAAAUUAAAAAGUGGGUAAACGUUGUUGAAGAGCUGGCAGCCAACAUCCAGUGGAUUAUUCUGGCCGUAUAGCGUACGAUGUGUUGAGCUUGAGCUUUUUUGAGCUUGUGCGACCACCCCCCUGGCUGCUACUCCGUUAUCGAUCUGGACUAGCUGAAGUUGCACAGGGAAUCAGUAGAUAAUUAUGCUUGGGAGUAGCGAAAACAUCUUUCAAUGUGCAACUCCUGGUGAUCCUAAAGUGUUUAUUGAUCAAUACCGGCGCCAGCCAGGCCCGAACGUAGAUCGCGGAAGGAAAGGGAAGGGAAUGGUUAGUCCGAUACUUGCUUUUGCUAGAGGCCGUAUCCACUACUGCGCACUGCGGGAAUAGGAUAUUUUGUUAGUAAGUAUAGAAUUAGGAUUCUAGUUCUUUACCGACGCCAAAGAGGUGUCUCCACUAUUUGGACUAGAUAUCGAUCCAUCAACUCAUGAACCGGGGACCAACGGCUUUACUUCCCUUCCUAGGAUUUUUUCACCUCAGAAAAAUCUCAACGACCUCGGCUGGAAUUGAACCCACGACAACUAGAAUGAGUGGCGGUCACGCUUACCACUCAACCACCGGCGCGCAAAGCCCAUAACACUCCGUCCGUGGCUAAAAUUUUUAAUAUCCUACAACAAAAAAACUGUCUUUUGAAAAAUCGUUUGUAAACUACUCAUCUCGGUCAGAACCGUCAAUAUGAUACAAUGAAAAGUUUUAAAUAUGGGUGCGCUACACAUUUUUUUCUGUUAUCAUUCGUAUUGAGCUGUUUAGAACGAAUGGAGCAUCUCCUCAAAGGGUUAUACAAUACCGACAAGGAAGGUUUUGUGAGCUGUUCACGACUGAUUGAUUGCAAUCCAAUUAGUGUGUGGUGUUACGUGCUAUUUUUACUUCCGAUGGCUGGAAAGCAGCAUAAACAAUAAAAAAUCGGAUUUUAAAACACCCGACUGAAGCGCAUCAGAACAGAAAGAAUUGUGAUUUUAGUCGAAUAUAGCUCCCCAAUCUUAUCGGUCUUUUCGGGUGACUGCAUAUAAAGUCGGGAAGAUGAUUAUUAGGAUGCUGCCGCCUUCGUGGACUGACUGCAUUAUUUAGUUUGAGUAGCUCCGUGCUAGUAAUCGAUACCAACUAAAACGAAUAUCUCCCUCCUGGAGAAUAUUAUUUUUAGCAAACAUAACAGCCUUUAUCAGUGCUACUAAACUGUUCAGAAGGUUUGAAUUUUGGAAAUUUACACCGAUUAUGUCGGAAUCCACUUGUGAACAACAUUUGAGCCUGUUCAUAGAGGACAGCAGCAUCCGCACUAAAAUCGAAAAGAUAACGCUUCUAUUCCAGUGCAUCAUUCAGCAGCACAAACGCUACGCUAACAUCAAGUGAUCAAAGGUUCUUUUCAGAACAACCAUGUUUAGGCUGUUCGCGACGCUGCUGAUGUAUUUUAUUUUGGCUGUUUUUUUUUACAUCAGCGACUAAAACAGACCGAUUGCAAUGCUGAGAUGCAGUUCUAUUAUUAUUUUUUGGAACAGAUAUUAACAUAUAACAGUGUCACUUUGUUUCGUGGUAUAGAGGACUUCAAAUGUUGGUUAACCCUUCCACAUUGCAGCUCUACCCCGUAGAAUACCUUGCUGUGGAUUAGCGCCUGGCUAAUGUCCAAUGCAGUGCGACGAUUGCAGCGCUUGUGCAGGGAGCUGAUUUUUUUAAUUAGUCGCAACCGACUCCGGUAGUCGGCUUUGAGCCGUGUGCCGUGAAAGUGAGCCGGCGGUCCACGGUUAUACCCAGGAUCUUCGGUUCCUUACGGUAGGGAACUACCGAGCACGAUGUCAUCGGCGUACACGAAAACAUGUAUCUUCGCCAGCAGGCUGGUGAACAAAGGGUUCAUGGUCACCAGGAACAGUGUGAUGGCGAGGACCGAUCCCUGGGGGACCCCGUUGUCCUCCGGAAAGGCGUCAGAUUGAGCGUUUCCAAUUCCCACGCUGAAGGUACGAUUGGACAGGUAGUCGCUCAGGAAGUGGCUCACGUUCCCCACACGGUAUCGCGAUAUCGACAUGCAGGCCGUCAGUUACGUGUUGAAAUACCACCUCUCCGAAGCUGGCGAGGUAGGAACCAAUUCCUGCCCCACGCCAAAACGCGAACUUGUGGUGAUCCAGGAGUUUUCGCUCCUCCAGUCCAGUCUUUUGACCAUUCACUUCAUCGUCUUAGCAAAGCAGGGGAGUAAACUGAUUGGGCGGAAAUCAUCUGGCGUUCUGUUCCCUUGGUUGUAUACUUGACCUGAAUCAGAUUUGAUACGAACGGAUCUGCUCUCAGCCUUUUGCUUGAUUCGCCAGGAACGUAGGUGGGAGGGUGGUGUCUACAGACAGGGAUGCAAAGUGCCUGCCUAGUUCGUUACCAAUAGUCGUGGGAUCUGUGGCCACUGUACCGCCGUUUUUCGCUUAUAGCGUUGGCUUGCCUCCAGAGCUCUGAAGUUGAGGAGUCUGGGGAUAUACCUUCCAAAAAUCUGGUACAGCUCGUAUUGUUGCCUCUCCUAUCACUUUUCUGGCUUAAUUUCUAGUCUUUCUGAUAUAAUCAGCUUUCUGGCUUCAGUAUGGAUCGUUCACAGAAGUCUUUUGCAGUGCCCGCAGCGUAGUUCGGUGUGCCCUGAUGGCUCUCCAAACAUUUAGGCACCACUAGUGCACUGCCCGUCGGGGAGGGUUGUCACUUGUAAUUGGAAUGCCGGAAACAGCAGUAGCAGCUCUGAAGAUUUAGGUGAGUUUGUUCGGAUAGUAUGACUCGAUUUAAAAGGUUGUCGACAGCCUCUUCGCAGCGGGACUUGUCUGCCCUAUCGCAAAACCACUGCCUUUGACGGACUGUUGCUGGUGGCGUCUGGGCGUACGUAACCUGGAUAGAGAAGUGGUCACUGUUGCAUGGGUCGGCAAGAACAGUCCACCCACAACAUUCUGCUAGCAUUUCCGAGCAGACAGUGACGUCGAUGGCGGAUUCCAGCUAUCCACGGAUAAAUGUUGAACUGCCGUCGUCGAAAAUCACGGCAUCGUUGUUUUCGACUACAUCGGCGAUGUCGUUUUCUGUCCUAUUGCACUGGCGUGAGCCCCGUAUCGUUUGGUACCCAUUUAUAUGUCCCAUGAUGAUGAAUGUGGUCUAAAUGUGGUCGAUGAGCCACUGAAGUUUGAAACUCACAUUGCGAGUUCCGCUGGGAGUAUACUGGGUUAUCACGGUGCAUUGAUCUGGCUAUUCUAUCCUCCGGUUGGCGACUAUUAAUUCGGGCUGGUAUACCGGCAGACGGGCUGGUAUAUCGAAUGGCCAGCCCCGCCGUCCGGUAGAUGUUAUCCCCGCUGGAGGCGUCCCACGAAUACUGGUGUCCAAACCGUGAUACCGGGUUCGCCUGAUCCCUGAUAUGUGUCUCUAGUAACGCCAGACAGAUGUACGGAGUCGUAGCAAUAAUGCUUUGCAGGUCACCAAGGCAUCCUCGCAGGCCAUUUGUGUUCCAAUGAAUGACCAGUGCCGUUGAUUUCAUGCUAGAGGCGGUAAAGUGUGUCCACUGAACCACCUUCUCUCCUGAAUUCUAUUCCGCCUAAGACUUCUUGGUGUGUCGGAGAGGUCCAUAAUCUCCGACGGCAUUGUUGGGAAUACCUGCAAGUGAUAUACAAAAAGCAGACAGUUCCGGACUGAGUGUAUCGUAUGAGCUUACCCGGGGAGAAGCUGGGUCUCCUGCCCCAGCAACCGCUGGGGGUGCAUCGUAGCUAGGUGGAUCUUCCUCGGACGGGGCCAGCACGGGGAAUAAGGCGUUCGUGUUUCCACCAUUCACAUUUUUAUUCGAGCCUGUAGGGUCUUCGGUGACGUUAUUGUCUCUCCCUUAUUGGCAGGGAUUAGUUUGCCACUGACUGUUUCUGGGCUGUAGACCGUUCUAGCAGUGGAAUCCGUGGGCGAAAAUUUACCGGCGGAUAGAUUUCGAUAGGGCUUGCGUUUACCGGUACUUACUCGGGUGAUGCUCGGGCCUCCAGGGGAGCAUUGCUGCAAGGCGGAAUAUCUCUGGUCAGGACCGGCACGGGAAAGUGGGCGUCACGAAUGCUGAUUAAUGGGAUAGUUGAAAAAGUACCGGGCGCCGAUGACAAUGGGCUGAGGUCUCGUCGUAUUCGUUGCUAUUGGUGACAAAGUUUCCCGGCAAAGAAUUCUUCUCGGUGUACCGGAGAGUGCGUGGGUUCGGGAGACCUGAACCGGUUUUCGUUGUAAUGGAGUUGUUUGCUUGAUUCCGGUAUCGUAUUUGAGGAGAGGCGGGAAGAUCACCUGCUCUCGAACUGCUGAAGGCGGUCGUGGUUCUCAUCAUUUGGGAUUUCUGUGUUGAUGGACAUUCUGACUUGCUGUCUGGUUUGUCUAUGGUGUGUAGUGAAUGGGUAAGAAGAAUGCUAAUGGGGAUGUUAAAGGUACUUUCCUGUUGGUGCUCCAAUGGUGCUGUGUCAACAGCCACCAGGGGUUGCAUUAGAUGUAUCCGGAACUUCCCCAGUCAUGGUUAACAGUCGGACAUUACGUAAGACACCCGGGGCAUGGAGUUUUGUAGUGUUUCGGUGUUCGAGAUGUUCAAAUGUCCAGGUAAUGGCUGUCGUUGCGGGAAUUCGCUCGUGUUUUCAGUUAUGUUUUUGUAGGUGUUGGCUUGUUUCUGAUAGACCUUCGGGAUCUAUCUCCGUCCCCGUUACUUGCUCGAUUACGGUUACUUUGCUGCUUUUGUUUGUCAGGACGUCCGGAAUCUCACUUUUAUUUCGCGGUUACUAGGUUACAUUCCUUCGAUAAUCGUGUUUGGUUUGUUUGCGUUUCCUCGUUCUGCUUUUGCUGUACUGAUAGCUCUGGUCGUUUCGUUCGUUACCUCGUAGAGUUCGUUCUUGGUGUUUCUGAGCUGAUGUAUAGCCUCUGCCAGGUGGUUUUUAAGCAUUGUAUCUCAUUAUCCCGGUCAUUUUCUUUGGAAAGAUUGUUCUUCUUCUCCUGUAGCUUAAUAAGCUCUGUCUUCAGCCUAGCGAUAGUGAAAACAUUCUCGUUGUAUUUCCGUUCCGUGCAAGGGUGAGUCGCUUAGAACAAUGUGCCGUGCGCACUGUAUUACUUACGAUAACAGGAUAUAAGAUUACGAUUCACAGUAAUUCACGAUCAUUUCACUCGUUACCACAAUGUGUGGCACACUGAGGCACACUUCUGACAACUCAAAAACUAUCAACAAAGUUGUUCUGUAAAACAAAAGCAAUGGUAGCUAGCACAAUUCGAUUUGUGUUAAGCGACUCACCAUUUGGCUCCGUGCCUUUUUGAGUUUGUUCGGCGUAACCAAGUCGUCUUUCCUUUUGUGUGAUUAGAGCUUCAGGGAAGGAAAGGUUUUGGGAAAUGUGCACUAUAAAGGUUGAAAAAUUUCGUUUUUAGUGAAUAAGCAUUUCAAUUGGAUUGAUUGACAUUACAGCCAUGUGAGCAAAUUCCAAUUCAGUUUGAAAAGCUUCAAACAUUAAGGUAGUACUUAGAAUUGCGGUCAUCAAUUGAAACAUUGAUUCCUGUAAAAAACCGAUUCAUUGGAGCAAAGGAUGCGCUGUGUGGAAAUGAAAUUGAAAGAGUGGUAGUCAUCGUUCUUUUGGUCAUGUUACCUGUCACGGAAGCAUAAAAUGAGGCACCAUUGCAUUGUAGCAAGGUGUGACGGAGAUAGAAGAUCCUUGCAUAGGUAGAGAAGUUGUAUUUCCAUUCUGUAGCGGAUUAACUUGUUUAAACAUGCUUUGUGAAAAGGUACCAGAAGAAGUAGGUAAUUCUUAUGUUUGUUGUUUUGUGCGAAAAUUUAGAAUUUUUGCUGUAAUGGGACAAGCCCAAAAAUUCGAUUUAAGAUUUCACGACCGUUAGCGCAUUUGAAACUUGACAUCUAUGACGUAGGAUUAGAUUUUGACAUCUACGACACAGGAUUAGAUUUUGAAUUCUGCCUCACGUUGUCUAAUAUUCCACCUUUGCUCUCACAUGGAACAUAAAGCAUGGUUUUUCUAAUACUGUAAAAUUAUUAACCUCAUAUCAGUCAAAAUGAAUUAAAUACAGCUGCUGGAUAUUUCUAGAACGUUGUGGCGCGUUAGAGCUGUUAGCUUUUCUCAUCAUAAGAAUAACUUGUGAAGGAAAAAAAUCCUAGUACAUUUCUCUGUGAAAUACAGAAGAAGCCGUUUGUGGUCAAUCAAUCCACGCGUUGCAACACGACAUUCUCCUGUUCGACAAAUCUUUCGCGUCCGGAAGUAACGUCGAAAGCUCAGUUUGAGAGGCUCUGAAGAGAUCAUCACAGUUAUUUACAAUUUUUACAAUUACAAAAGUUUACAAUUUUUUUUGGUUUCACAUUUAGAUAAAACUGUGUCACUAUAAUCAAUUGGAUAGGUAGAGAAGUUACUUUUUUUCGUUUCUUUUUAAUAUUUGGCACACGGUCUUUCUAGGAAGACUCAGACGUGUUGGAAGAAAUAAAUAUUUCUCGAAGAUUUCUGCUUGGAUUACAGUACGGUAUCUACCUAGCGGGUGAGACUGUUCCAAUUUCAUUUCACGACAGUAGACACCAGCACCCGCACGUUCUUCCAUCAAAGAGCCGUCAGUGUAACAUACCCCUUGCGUGGGUUUCUCCUCUCGAGUGGGAAUGUUCACAUGGAAUGUCCCGCAAGGAAAACUACAUAUGAGUGUAAUAUCGCUGGGAGCAAGAAUAUGUUCACCCCAGGUAACCAUUAUUGAUUCCCACGAUUCGCGAAUCGAAUAAUGAUAAUAGUCCCUCCAGCCAUCAAGUUCACUGCACGGAGCUACGCGUUGACUUAGUGACGCCUAUGACAAGGGAGCAGGAAUCCUGCGGCUCAGCUCUUGACCGGGUACCACAAUACCUCUGGGCAGGUUCGUCUGCAUACAUCGAAAUUUGAUAAUCAAAACCCAGCAAAACUACUAAAUUACCAUCAGCCGAAAUUCUCAUUAAACGCCCAGCUAACAAAAAUCCAGCAAAAUAAUUCCGAUCAUCGGCGAACAAAUUUCGGUGGCUAGAACGAAGAUUCCGCUGCGUAAUGCGUAAUACUGGGGAGUUCGCUCGGCUCUUCCCAAGAUCCGUUUGCCAUUGAGAAAAUUUUAAAUCUCCUCAACAAUCUUAAUUCUUGCACGGGUCGCAUGACACCAUGGAAUUGGGGUUCCCUGUUCCGUAGUGUAAUUUUUUGAAGUAGAAUACUUCCAACGUUUCAAUAUAGGGGUCCCGUUUCAAAAUUUUCUGCCGGAAUUUUACCCGAUUUUUUAAACGUGAAUAUCUGCCGUUGUACUGAAUGGAGAAAAAAAGAUUAUUACGCUAUCUGAUUGGAAAUAUGUACAGCAAUUUUGUAUCCAAUUCGGUAGUAUGUACAAUUAAUAAAAAUAGCUGAAAUAAUUGAUUUUAUGAAAGUAGUAAUUAUAAUGAUUGGUCGGUACAAUUCGCUCGAAAAGCAAGCGUUGCUGGGACUGCCUCUUUUUCGUCGAAUGAACUGCGACGCGUAUAAAAAGGGAACAGAAGAAAAAUUCGUUAGUUUGUGUUCUGACGUUGUAAGCGUAGCAGCUGCUGCGUUUCAUGUCAGCUCGCAUUCUUUGAUGAUAGGUAAUAGAUACCAUGACUGCCGCCAGGCGCUGAUAGUAUUUCAUUCUAAUCAUGAAAUGACGUUCCAGUUUCAAGCAUACACGGAAGAUACAAUGAUGACACACCACAGAAAAAGCAGAAAGCUCUUUUUUUCAAGGCUGAAUAAAUGGAUUGGCGAUGAGGUGGUUUAGUGCGAGAACCGCGCUCCCUUGUUCUUUAAAUUAUAUGUGGCGUCAGGUGCGUACACAGAUAAUUUCACCACGGCGCGUGUUCCAGAGUGCACCGUGGUGAAUUUAUCUGUGUGUUCCCUUUCAUUCGCCUUCAAACGUUUUUAGUGAAUGAGCAUUUCAAUUUUAUAAAUCAAAAUAAUUAUUGAAAUCAUUAAUAAAUUUUAUAUUCAUAACAAUCAUGUUAGAAAAUUCUCAUCCGCUGAAAAGCUUUAAACUUUAAGGUAGAAUUUAGCAUUGCAGUCAUCAAUUGAAACAUUGAUUUCCGCUGAAAAAAUGCUACCUAGAUUCAUUGGAGCAAAGGAAGCGUUGUGUGGAGAUGAAAUUGAAAGAGCGGUAGUCAUCGUUUUUUUAUCAUGGUAUCUGCCACUGAAGCAUAAAAUGAUGCACCAUUGUAGGAAGGUGUGACAGAGAUAGAAGAUCCUGUCAUAGACAGAGAAGUUUUAUUUCUAUUUAGCAGCGGAUUAACUUGUUUCAAAAAUGUUUUGGUGAAAGGUACCUGAAGGAGUAGGUAAUUUUUAUAUUUGUUCUUGACUGAAUGCCACACGGCCUCAGGCCAUGUUCGUCUAUACUCAGCAAACCCCCAACCAACAAAAAUCCGGCAAAAUAAUAACGAUCAUCGGGGUAUAGAACGAACGUUCCGCUGCGUAAUGCAGCAUACUGGGGAGUUCGCCCGGAUGUUUCCAGGCUCCGGUCGCCAUUGAGAAAAUUUUAAACCCCUCCAACAAUCUUAAUUAUACCCCAUGAAAUUGGGGUUCCCUGUUUGGUGGGUUUUUACCAUCGGAACAGGUGAUCCGUAGUGUAAUUCUUAGCGGCUUAAAAGAAUCACUACCGACACUACACGGCUUAUCUAGGCUGUUCGGAGAAAGAAGCUGAUAUUGAGGGACAGCUUGCAUAGAUUACCGAAAAUCGUCUCUUCUUUAAUGCAAACGUCACAAUCGUAGAUUUUUUGGUGAUAACCAACGGGGAAACAGAUCGAAAUAGUGAGAUAAAUUAAAUCAAUCAUGUGAAAAACUACAAGGGGCAGCCCUAUGGGGUUGCACGAACUGUAGACGUAGGACUAUAGUACUUAAUGUAAAAUAUUUAUUUUCUUAGUACUUAGUGUGUGGGAAAAACACCCGGACCGGUGAAGAAAAAUCAAAUUUUAGACAAUAUAAUCACAUCUCAUGUAUAGAUCAAGCUUUCUAGUUGCUCUCAAACAGAUCCUAAAAGUUCAAACACCCUUGGAUAACCCUAAGUUUGUAGAUGUGUUUCGAUGCCACAGGAUUGUAAAAUGGUUAAUAUUACGUCAUGAAAAUUCAAUUUUUCCGUGACAUUUUUUUGCCUGCAAAAUGCUCUGUGUGUAUGCAAAGCUCAUGAUUUGUUGGGAUAUUAGCAUUGAUCGAAAAAAUGCUUUCAAACGCUGCGCAUUGCAUACAUACAGGAUAUUUUGCAAGUCACCAGAAGCUGUUCAUUUUACCACCGCCACAUGUUCAAUUUACCCACUCGCUAUAAACAUGUCUCAUUUUUGGACAUGGUUAGAAAUCAAGAAUCAUGUUUGAAAAAAUGUGUUUAUGACGAAGUAUUUUUACCAGAUAUGCACAAAACAUGUCUAACAAGAAACAUAAGGUGAUUGUAAUAUCUCAUUCACUUAUUAGUUAGAAAAUAAUGACUUUGCUUAACGUGUUCAUUUUACCGCCAGUUCCCCUACCUACCAACACAUUCGCCCCAAACAUUGAAACCAAGCGCACAAUGCAAAAUGAGUCAACGCUGAUGAUGAUGGGUAGAGCGAAAGAGACAACUAGUACCACCACGACACUAUUAGCGCAUUUCACCAAAAUUCAACGCGGCCAUUCCCGAUUGAAAGGAACGGCCGCGCUUAGCCCAUCUGUCAUAAUAUCGUGAUUUUGCAUAGCGAAGGGCUGAAUGAUAACUCAUUUUGUUCCAAAAACAGCCCUGCGUUAUGCAACACUUUGUGCAGGUUGAUUAUACCAGUUGCAAGUGGGGCCAAAUUCACCAAGUUCCGUAAAAUUCCUUUUAAAUUACAGAAUUGAUAAAAUUGUUGGAAUGAGCUAAACUAAUUAAUCAAAUCCUGUUUUAAAAACUGUCCUUGCGCUUAAACCAAAAUGGGAAGCUUAUUACUACCACUACAUUACUUAAUUUCAAGCGCAAAUAGCAAAUACAUGUGCUAGUUAAACCAAAAAUUUACUGGCAACAUUACAGCGGCAUUUAGGAAGCAGUUGGAGCGGUCGCCUGUUGGACGACACAGGGAAGCGUCCCUCCACAGCCAGUGUAACGGACUUCUAGCUCAGCUACACUGGCUGUAAAAAACACAGCGCAGUGAUCUGCUUCGCCAGCCGUUCAACAGGGAACUGAGCGUGUCUGGCCAAGUCCGUUCUUUAAAUAGUCGAUUAUGACGUCAUUCAUAGAAGCGUAGCGCGCUAGGUACACAAAUCUGUCGUACAGGGCUUGGGAAGCGCUAUCUUUUGUGUGUUAAUGCGCGAUAUUUUGACAAGGUUGUAUAUUAUUUAAUUUUUUAAUGCUAUGAUAUCAAAAAUCUUUGGGUUUAUCUGUUGGAAUCUAUUCUUAGAAGUAUUUCGGGGCGAUUUGUGCAAAAAAAUUUAAAAUUUAUCGUGAGAUGGCUGAAUUAUAUUCGUUUAAAAUUGGACCACUUUUCGUUACAUACCAUUUUUGUAGAAUAUGCAACGUGCACCCCUAUAUCGAAAACAAAGACGUAGUCCUACGUCAAAAAAAAAUUCGUCUAGAGGUAGGAUUCGAACCUGGGACUCCGGCCCAAUGCACAAACCCUUAUGCUUGGAUAUGAUGACGUCCCAGAAAAAAAAACACACGAUUGUCGCAUUGGCGACAGUGAUCGUACCCUGUCUCUAAAGCGAGUUCACACACAACCGGAGCUGCCACCCAACACAUUUGAUCUAUUUAAUCCUCUCGCUAGAUACCAAGGCCCGGGCACCGGGCUUUUAUUAUCGUCUACAGCGCAUAAUCCAUCGUACUUCGGUGGGUGACAGAGCUAAUGAAGACUGUCGAUUUCUGGUCCCUUGCCCAGUUAGCAAAGGAAUGACGGGAGCGAACCUGCCGUUCGAAUUAAACAAAUAAUUCUUUUUUUAUGGUUUUUGACGUAAGUGCCAAUACAUUAUUAAGACUUUUUGGUGGUAUCCAACGAGUAUAAAAAAUCUCCAGAGGCAGGAUUCGAACCUGCAACCCUUGGGACUCCUGCAGUAAGGAUUCCUGGCAUUUCAAAGUUAAAGCGAUAGGCUAACCAACCCGGAGUCAUCAUCACACUUAGAAGGCGGGUGUUCACUGGCCAGCAAAGGCGAAAAAGGACUGAGUAAUCCUCUUAACAAUAUUGAUUGAAAUAAAUUAAAUCGUGCUAUGUUACGAAUAAAUUUUUGGUCGAUCAUUAUACGCAGAUAAUUCUUGUUUUUGUUAGAUACGUUCAUUAUAAUAUUUAAAGAAUUUUUCGAUCAAGUCUUUCAGCUCAAGUUGUUUUUUUUACAAAAUAAUACUUAAUCAUGUUAGCCAUUGUAUUCAACACGCCAUUCCACUAUCUUAUCCACUAAAACAGUACGAAUCGAUGGCAAAGCCCAUUAUAGCUAUAAGUUAGGUUCAAUCGCAAUAGCAAAGCACUUGCCUGAGGUUUGAGUCUAGAUCAUGGAACACGAUCACAAUGUUUCUUUAUAAGUACCCUUAAUUCAGCUGUGUUAUUGAAAAGCCAAAAAAGAGCUCCCUUAUACAACCAAAAGAAAAUAGCUAGUCAAUGUAAUAAUUGUGAAAAUAAAUUUUAACGUAUCACUCCCCCAUAUUAUGGAGUCUAGACUGCCCACGAGAGCAUAGCAAACCCGAUCGGGGCUCGUCUGCUUUCCUAGACAGUGAAAGAAACGUGCGAAUUUCCGUCGACUAACAAACGUUUGAAAUUAGAAGCAGGUAUCUCCGUUUAACUUGAUGUUCAGUUAUAAGAUUAAUUGUGUAUAAAAAUCGUACUUGUGAAAAUGGUAUGCAGAGUUUUUCAAUUCAUAAAAAAAUCCACCCACAAUAGACGCCGACAGCAAUCCACUGUGUAUAUCAAACUACCUAGCCAAGUCCGAGAAUCAGGAAUACUCUCAAUAAUUACAUCAUUGAACAAGUUGAUACGAUACGAUAGAGCAAACAGGUGUUAGGACAACAAAAGGAAUGUACCAGGUA